UUUUGGCUAAGCUGAUCGUCUUUACUUGUCCUGAAGACCUUGAGAGAUACUAAGCUUCUACUGCUCUAAACGCCCCCAAGUUUUCCUUGUAUGUUCAGUUGGUCUCUGAUAUCCCUGAUCCUGCAAUGGAGCCACAAUCCAAAGAGAAUGAACAAGAAAGCCCAAGACUUUAUCACUUAGAACUUUAUGACUCAAGUGAGGAUUUGGCCGUCUUUUUAGAAGAGCCCUUCCAAAGACGAGACCUGGCCGUGCACGAAAAGAGAGAGACGUCAGGCAAAGAGGUUCAGAAUGGGUCGCAGAAGGAUGCACAAGAACUAGCAAGGCCAGGCAAGGAUAAGAACUCAGACUCAGAACGUGCGACUAUUUCUGAGAGCACAGCAGCAGGCUCUGGGCCUGGUUCGACUGCAGAUUCGGCCAAAAAUAUCUUGCCUACAGAGUCCGUUCAGGGCAGAGAGGGGGAGCCAAUCCCUGGCAAAGAUUCUCAAGACCCAGACAACAAAAAAGGUAGCAGCGGCAGAGCAGAUGCUGUGGACCGGCAAUCUUUCAAGCCGAACAACCGAGAGAAAGAUGAAAAUUCGUACUGCAUUACUUGCUGCGGUCCAAUCAGAGCAGAAGAGGAUCACGAAGAACACGAGGUCAUUCCUCUCGUCAGCGUAGUGGAAAUUGCAAAGGACGAGCUUCAAAAAAAUAUAUGUCAACUGGAAGAUCAGAUUGCUCACCUGGAGAAUUUUUCCAGCCACUUGGAGGAGAUUUUUAUCACUGUGGAGGAGAAUUUUGCAAAGCAGGAGCAGAACUUCAAGAGGCGUUACAGUGACGUGAUGCAGACCUUUGAACAAAGGUAUGAAGAAAGUAUGCAGGCUUUGGGGGAAGAGAAAAAGGAGAAAUUGGAAGCUUUGUACAAGCAACUGGUCAACUGCGGAGAAAACCUUGACACCUGUAAGGAGCUGAUGGAGGCCGUUGAGGAUCUUGGCCAAGGUGAAGAUAAACUGAACGAAUUAAAGGCUGCAAUAGCUACCGUUCGCAGAUUGGAUGAUUUCUUGAAAAAGGAUGUGGAUGUAAAACUCUCGACCCCAGCAGACUUUGAAGAUAGAGUUAUAGAUUUCUCUGAUGCUGGAGAAUUAAUGGAUUCCGUGGAUGCAGUGCCAGCUAUUUCACCUCCUUGUGCUCCAGUCAUGAAUUCCCAGGACCCCAACUCCGCUACCGGCACCUCCAUGAGAGUGUGCUGGAGCUUCUUCUCAGAAGAUAUUGUCGAAAGCUACCAGCUGUUCUACCGGCGAGUAAGCAACAAUAUAUCAGAAGAUGAUCAAGAUGAGCUUAUGCUAAAUGUUAAGGAAAGCUAUGCCAUAGUUGCUAACCUGGCACCAAAUACCCAGUAUGAAUUUUGGGUGAGAGCGCUCAACAGCGCUGGAAUUGGAGCAGCAAGUGAAAGAGCUGUUUACCUGACAGCUCCUUUGCCGCCAGUUAUCAAAAGUCAGGCGGUCCAAAGCUGUGAACAUGCUGCAUUGGUAAGCUGGGAAUCUGGCAACACAAAUCCUGUUGACUCUUACACAAUUGAACUGUCACAGCUGACAGAUGGAGAGAAUGGAGACAUCAUUACCGAGUCCAUCGUCGGGAUCCCAAAUUGUGAAUCUCUAAUUCAGCUGGAGCCAAAGAGGAAAUACUUGCUAUCUGUGAAAGCCAUGAACAUGGGAGGCUCCAGCGAAAGGAGUGAGCCGGUCUCCAUCGUUAGCACCGGCACCUACUUUACUCUGAAUGAGGAGACGGCUCAUCCCUUACUAUCUGUCCUAGAAGACGGCUUUACAAUCACGCAUCACAAAACGGACAGUUUGAAAAGUGAUUUGCCCUUCCGUGAAAACAGCUUUACGAGGUCAAUUGCCAUACUGGGAAACCCGAUACCAUUUCCAGGAAAACAUUAUUGGGAGGUGGAUGUAGAUGACAAUAUUGAAUACUGCAUCGGUGUGGCUUUUGAAAAUGUGUCCAGAGACAGCUGUUUGGGGAUGAGCCAUUCAUGCUGGUGCAUGAGACACACUGUCACUCCUUCCAGACAUACCUACGAAUUUCUGAACAGUGGGGUGACACCCGACAUAAGGAUAACGGUUCCUCCCAGGAAGGUCGGCCUCCUGUUGGACUACGACAACGGGACACUGUCGUUUUUUAACACAGACACCACGCAGCACCUGUACACUUUCCACAGCCACUUCCAAGAUUUUGUGUGUCCCUGUUUUGCUGUAGAAGAGCUCGGUGUGCUCAGAAUUAGUAACGGCCUUGCCAUGCCCACUUAUGUGCUUUUAUAAUUAUAGCUAGCUACAAUGGCAAACCUAGGGGGGGCACGAGGGGCUCGAGACCCAGGUGCCACUUGCCUGGGUCAUGUGGGGGCGCAUUUGGCCACCCCGUCACUGCUCAUCCACUCACCCUGCUUGCCACUUGCUUGCCCACCCUGCUUGCUCGCCUUGCCUGCUGGC